CCAGGAAAAAGAAGAAGAAGAAGUCCGGAGGCUCUAAUGGCAUCACAGAGGGAAGAGAACAGCACACAAAUGCAAAAUGAGGUGGUGGAGCUUGCUUAUUCGCUGGCUCGAUGUAAACUGGAGAACCUUCUUAAUAAGAGCAUGAGAAUCCGGAUGACAGAUGGUCGCACACUGGUGGGGCUCUUUCUGUGCACAGACAGAGACUGCAACGUCAUCCUGGGAUCUGCACAAGAAUUCCUCAAAUCCACAGAUUCUCUUUCACAAGGUGAGCCCAGAGUCUUGGGACUGGCUAUGAUCCCUGGCCAUCAUGUGGUGUCUAUAGAAGUGGAAACCGAAAGCCUUCAGACUACCACCCAUGGACUCUGACAACUUCAGAGACAUUCGGGGUCACCGUGUGAACAACAGAGAAUGCCACAAACAUUUGUGUCUGCAACAACAGAGAUGGCAGGGAAGAUUUGCUAUUGUUGAGGUCGGGUUGGUCCUCUAUUAAAGCUAAAGUAUUGAUAUGACUGUACCAUUUUGCUUUUGAAUUUGCUUGUUUGAAUCAAAAGUAUGGAUAUGACUGUGUCAUUUUGCUUUUGAAUUUGUUUGUCUGUGACCAGUUCACAAUGUGUGUAGAAUUAAUGACACUUAUGAUUCAAUAAGAGACAGAUGAAGUACAAUUCUGGAUUGUCUUUAUUAUUAGCUUUAAUAAUAUAUUUACAUGGUCCCAUCAGAAGCAGUGGUUAUUCACUGAACUUUACUUUGAUAACAUUUGUAUUUAUUGCUG